UACACUCUAGCCUCAUUUGUACUGUUAAAUUUACUGUCAUUGUUUAAAAUAUAAGUCUUUAAAUAAACAUCACAUAAAAUUUAUGAAAAUUACUUUAAUAAUAUGGAUUUGAAAGGGAAAGUCGCGUUAAUCACAGGUUCGUCUUCUGGUAUCGGCGCCGCAAUAGCCGUAAAGUUGUGGUCUUUGGGCGCAAAUGUAGUCAUCACUGGAAGGGAUGACAAACGCAUCCAACAAGUGGUCAACAAAUGCCACAAACGAAACAAUCAAAGAGCGCUCGGAGUGAGGGCUGACUUAUUGGUGGACAAAGGCAUCGAGGAAUUGGUGGCGAAGACUAUCGCAGAAUUGGGCAAAAUUGAUAUUCUUGUCAAUAACGCGGGCGUCGGCCCGGCUAUAGGUUUGAGAGACACAACAUCUAUGUUGGCAUACGAUAGGCUCACCAACUGUUAUAUGAGAUGUGUUCAAGUGUUGACACAAUUAGUUGUCCCAUAUUUGGAGAUAACUAAAGGCAAUAUUGUUAACAUAUCGGGCGUUUCCGGAGUGAAAGCAUGCGAUUUGUUGUCGGCCGGCGAGACGUACUGUCGGCUCACUUAUCAUUUGGGACGCAUCGGAGAAUCCGAAGACGUGGCCGAAGCGGUCGCCUACUUGUGCUCACCCGCGGCCUCAUUCAUAACGGGUGCCAUUUUGCCCGUCGAUGGCGGCAGCUUUUUGUCGCCCGACAAUAUACGCUUGUUUAGCAGUUUAAUCAAAAAACAAUAA